CCACAACUUAUCGGCUCUGUUUCGCUUCUUCUGACAGCCGGAUGAUCUCAGAUAUUCCUAUAGCUGCUGAAUACGGUCUAAUGUCUUUUAAAACGCGGGAGGCGAUUUUAAAAUUAAAGGCGUGAAUGUAUAUAAAAGUGACCCAAUGAGAAGAACGGAAGAAGUCAUUUUUACCGAUCGGCAUCUUGUCUCAAGAGGAAUUUUUUUUUUUUUUUUUGGUGUACGUGACGUCAGUCACAUCGUUGGUCAGAAUAUGACAGCGAGAAUAUGAAUGUAUGAAUGUUACAGUGUUUGUCCUUCACUCCUCUGAAAGCACGAUGAGCUGAACGGGGCUUUACUAACGUUAGAGACUCAGACAAUGAAUUACGUGGGUCAGUUGGCGGGGCAGGUGUUCGUGCAGGUGAAGGAGCUCUACAGAGGUCUGAAUCCAGCCACGCUGUCUGGCUGCAUCGAUGUCAUCGUUGUCCGGCAGCCUGAUGGAGCUCUGAUCUGCUCUCCAUUUCACGUACGCUUCGGAAAGAUGGGCGUCCUGAGAUCACGAGAGAAAGUGGUGGACAUUGAGAUCAAUGGGGAACCUGUGGAUUUACACAUGAAGUUGGGCGAGAACGGAGAAGCUUUCUUUGUCAAGGAGACGGAAGACAAUCAGGAAGCAAUUCCAUCUUACCUGGCCACAUCUCCCAUUCCAUCCGACGCGGGGCUUCUGAUGGGCUCCAGCAGUGAGAAUGGAAUAAUGAAGAAGAGGAGGAAGAGGAGAAGGAAGUUUAGAAUGGAGGAUGUGAAGAGGGAGGAGAGCGUGGAGUUCUCAGAGGAAGAACUGUUCAACAUCGACAUCAAUGACAGCGAGCAGUCUGAUCAAAACAGAGAUCUGAUGAACGGAGGUUCAUCUACUGGAAACAAACAAAACACAAUUCAUGCACGUUCAGACGGAGAGUGGAGUCCUGUUCACAGUCCUAAUGUGUCUCGUCCCUGCACCCCUAAAAGUGACUCUGAGCUGCUUAAAGAUCAGCAGGAGGAUUCGGCCAUGUUGUGGUCCUGGGGGGAGUUACCACAAGCCGCCAAGCCAUCGUUUCUGUCUUCGAAACCAAACGUCCUGCCUGCGUGCCCACUGUCAAUCCCGGUCUCUGACAACACACAUUUCAGAGUCAUCCCUGACACGGCUGUCCAUGGCCACGACAGAAACAAGACAUUACAUUCUGAUGACCAAUCAAACAGAGCGGCUUGCGUGAUGUCAGCGGUGGAGGAGGGAGGAGCAAAUACUGGACCCCUCCCACAAAAUAAGACUGAUUCCCCUUCUAAAAGAAAAGAUAAGAAAAGCCGCCAUCUGGGUUCUGACGGCGUGUAUUUGGAUGAUAUAAAAGAUCUGGAGCCAGAAGUGGCAGCACUUUACUUCCCUAAAAGUGGGUCAGAGCGUUGCGGUGAGAACGGCGUUCGCAGUGUGACGGUGUCUCCUCAGUCCAUGUGCAGCUCGGGAGCCGACAGCGGCGUGGACAGUUAUGACCUGCCCUCUAUGGCCAUCUCUCUGUGUGGAGGACUCACAGAAAACAGAGAGAUCACUAAAGAACAUUUCCAGCAGAAGUCUGUGUCGUUUCAGCAGUUUUCUGAUAAUCCAUCCAUCAUUGAUGACCCUAAUCUGGUGGUGAAGAUCGGCUCUGAGUAUUAUAACUGGAGCACCGCUGCUCCUAUUAUGUUGGCUAUGCAAGCCUUCCAGAAACCAUUGCCUAAGGCCACCAUAGAGAGACUUAUGAAGGAGAAGAUGCCCAGAAACCGAGGAAGAUGGUGGUUUUCAUGGCGAGGAAGAACAAACAGCACCAAACCGGAUUCAGUCUCAGGUGGUUCAGCAUGCCCUGCAGGAGACGAGACCAUCAAGAACAGGCGCACAGACGAAUCCUCCUCCAGCGAUGAAGACUUAACUGCCAAACAAACCCCCGUCCCUGUUCACACAGACCCCGCCCCUGCAGAAGGGGUGUCCUAUCAGAAAACACUCCGCCUCUCUUCAGAACAGCUCGUCAGUCUGCAGCUCAAGGACGGUCCUAAUGACGUGGUGUUUAGUGUGACGACUCAGUAUCAGGGCACGUGUCGCUGUGAGGGAACCAUCUACCUGUGGAACUGGGAGGAUAAAAUCAUCAUAUCAGACAUCGAUGGCACAAUCACCAGGUCAGAUAAGCUGGGGCACAUUCUGCCCACGCUGGGUAAAGACUGGACCCAUCAGGGCAUCGCAAGCCUGUAUCACAACAUCAGCCAGAACGGGUACAAGUUUCUGUACUGCUCGGCGAGGGCGAUCGGCAUGGCUGACAUGACACGGGGUUACCUGCACUGGGUCAAUGAGAGAGGAACCAUGUUACCACAGGGACCCGUUUUACUGAGUCCCAGCAGCCUGCUAUCAGCACUGCACAGGGAGGUGAUUGAGAAGAGGCCGGAGAAGUUUAAGGUGGCGUGUUUGACAGACAUUAAGAAUCUGUUCCUCCCAAACACUGAGCCCUUCUUCGCAGCGUUUGGGAACAGAAACACCGACGUGUUUUCCUAUAAGGAGGUGGGAGUUCCCUUAAACAGAAUCUUCACUGUUAAUCCUAAAGGAGAACUGAUCCAGGAACAUGCCAAGACCAACAUCUCAUCGUACGUGCGUCUAGGUGAGGCGGUGGAUCACGUCUUCCCGCUCCUGAAGCGCAGAGGUUCCUGUGAUUUCCCCUGCAGUGACACCUUCAGCCAGUUCACCUUCUGGAGAGAACAGCUCCCCCUCGUGGACGGACAGAUGGCGAACACCAGUCGCUGAACAGCUCACAGGACAAGACAUAGGCUGAAAACCAAAACUGAACAUACUGGAAUCAGUGCAAUGAUAUGAAAAUCACACACAAAAUACAUGUGUGGGUCUGGACCUCCGAAAAAAACUGCACUUUCUUUCAAAGCAGUCUUCACGUGUCAGUUGUGAUUUAGAGUAUACUGUUAGUAGAUUUGUAAAAAUUAGCUCAGAUGUUGGAUAUAUUUGAAACAUUUUUGUUUUGCUUGUGGUGAUCACAAGCUUUUGUGUUGAAAAGCAUCUGUUAAUGCAAGACCAAUCCAUCACGUCAGGAUGGUUACUGUCAAAUUUCAACAAAUCAUUGGUAUUUUGUUAAAGUCAGACUGAAUGAAACUGAAUAAUGUUACAUAUCACAUAACAGACCUUUUUCACAUUUCCAGGUGAAGUUGUGAUAGUUGGGUAAACGUCGAAAGCAGUGAAUGGGAGGGUGUCACAAAUAUAUUGUUUGCAUUCCCAUUUGCUCAAAUGGCAAAAGAGAAACUCCGCAAUAGUGUUUUCACGACUUUCAAAAAAGGACAAAAAUUGAGAGAGACUGAUAACGGCGGUCAAAAGAGAGAACGAUGUCGAAUUUACCGUCUCUCUCAUAGACGCUGCAUUAGUUUUUUUGUAAUUUGAUGCAAAGGUGAUACAACGUAUAGUGUCAGAGAUGUACAUACAUUUUUUAAAAACUUUCGAGGAUUUACGAUGCUGAUGACCGUUGAAAUGCAUCAUCACGCUCUUGUGAAAAGGGUCCAUUUAAAAUGUCCAGGUCAUAUUUCACUCCAGAAUCAAUAUUUUUCAAUCUGAUUUUUUUUUUUUUUUUUUUGCGCAUUGUGACAAUCAAACACUUUUAAUUAUUAUUUUCUAUUGCAGUUAGCAUAAAUUAAGUUGAAAUUUGCAUAAAUAUACUUUUUUAAAUGAAAAAUACUAAGUACUUAGUAUUAAGUAUUAUUUUUGUCUUAUCACAUCAUAAUCACAGCCGUAUUCUGAUAUUCCUGCCUUCAUGUGUUUUUACCCAGCACUUUAUGUUACUGAAGAAAAAUAUACUGUCGUAUUUUUUAUAUGACUUGAUAAUCAUAAUCCCGUUUGGGUUUAUUCCAUUUUAGAGGGUUUCAGUGGGUUUUAACGAUUUACAUAUUUAAUAUCUGAGACAGACUCAGUUAAAAUAUGCUAAAUCUGUAGCAUGAUGUUGUUGAUAUAACUAGAUUUUUUGUGUUUGUUUUGCCUUUUUACUGAACAUGAGUCAUUAGUUCCAUAGCAAGAUAUGAUUGUAUUGAUGGAGGUGUUUGUAUUUCUGAUAUUCUUUCAGUGAAAGAGCAGUAGAUUAGAUUCUCAUGGGGAAAUUCAUCUGUUGUUUUGCUUUUCAAUAAAAUAUAUCAUCAGAUAUAGUGGCACUCUGAUUUAUUGCAGGUUUAUCUGAUUUAUCCAUAAUUGGACAGUGGAAAAUCUCAUUAUCAUUUUUCAGUCCAUACAAGUGCUGAAAUUCUUCGCCAUAAUCUGAGAAUGACUUAAAACGCAAUCUAUGAUCCGCCAAAAGAAAUAGGUUUGAAUCUCACCAAUAAUAAAAUAAUUUCAUUCUAAUUUUAAUAGAAAUAAUAUUUUUUUUGUUCAAAUUUAUUUAUUGAA